AUGUCGAUCCAUUCCACCGUCAAGGACCAACCGACGCCCACACAAGACCCUGUUGCCGACGCAACACGGCGCUGGGAUGUCCGCGCCGGGGCAGCGGCGGUAUAUGACAAGGUGACGACAAAGCAUGGCUGGGUGGGCGACUACGACUAUGCCUGGCUCUGCACCCCCACUCUCCCCUUCUCCUGGCCCCCGGGCCGAAGAAGUAAGGGCAAGCAGCGCAAGCGAGCCCCGCCCUUCUACGCCCUCGACUCGGAGCUCCCCAUCCUCCUCGCGUUCACCAGCGGCCUCCAGCAUGCACUCGCUAUGCUCGCCGGGCUAAUCACCCCGCCAAUCAUCUUCGCCAACACGCUCAACCUCGAUGCUGAGAUGUCCGCGUACAUGAUCUCCGCCUCCCUCAUAGGCUGCGGUAUUCUGAGUUUUGUCCAGAUGUCGCGCAUCCACCUAUUCAAGAACUACUACCUGGGUACCGGUCUCCUCUCCGUCGUCGGAACCAGCUUCUCUACGCUGAGCACCGCAGAUGCCAUCUUCAGCGCCAUGUACGCCGAUGGGACAUGUCCAUCAACAACGGCAUCUGACGGGACCGUCACGAAAGGACCAUGUCCAGAUGCCUACGGCAUGGUGCUGGGAACAUCGCUCAUCUGUGCAUUCCUUGAGAUCUUCAUGUCCUUCGUUCCAGCGCGUAGGCUGCAGCGCAUCUUCCCGCCCAUGGUCACCGGAACCGUGAUCCUCAUGAUUGGCGCGUCGCUCGUCGGCUCGUCGGGCAUUCCCGACUGGGGCGGGGGCUCCAACUGCCAGGGGCGCCCUACGACCGGCGAGUUCCAGCUCUGCCCGAGCAACAGCGCCCCGCGCCCUGCACUCUGGGGCUCCCCGGAGAUGAUUGGGCUUGGCUUCCUAUCGUUCAUCAGCAUCAUUCUCACAGAACUGUUCGGUUCGCCAUUCCUCAAGAACAUCUCGAUCAUUGUUGGCCUCGUCGUCGGGUGCAUCGUUUCGGGUGCCGCAGGGUAUAUCGAUGGGAGCAGCAUCACCACUGCGCCAGCGAUUACGUUCCUCUGGGUGCAUACAUUCAAGAUCCGCGUCUACCCACCGGCCAUUUUGCCCAUGCUUGCGGUCUACAUCUCCGUUGCAAUGGAGGCCAUUGGUGACAUCACGGCAUCUGCAGAGGUGUCCCGCGUGGCCGUGGACGGCGAGGAGUUCGACACGCGUAUACAAGGCGGUGUCCUGAGUGAUGGUGUUGGGGGGUUUUUCUCCGCCUUGUUCACUGUUGCGCCGCUGUCCCUUUUUGCGCAGAACAACGGUGUAAUUGCUGUCACGCGUUGUGCAAACCGCACAGCCGGUCGUUUCUGCUGCUUCUUCCUCAUUCUCUUCGGCGUCUUGGGCAAGAUCUCGGGCGUCUUCCUUGCAAUCCCGGAUCCGGUACUGGGUGGAGUGACGACGUUCCUAUUCGCGAGCGUCGCUGUGUCCGGCGUGCGAGUGCUCUCAUACACGCGCUUCACGCGGCGGGACCGCUUCGUGCUUGCGGCAGCGCUCUCGUUCGGCAUUGGCGAUCUGCUCGUGCCGGACGUGUUCACGUACCUGUUCGACAGCGUGCAACACCCGAAUAAGGGCCUGCAGGGCCUCUUCAACUCAAUCACAAUCAUCUUGAGCACGCCGUUCCUUGUCGCAGGCAUUGUUGCGGUAGUGCUUAACCUAAUACUACCGCAAGAGGACGCUCCGGACGGUGAUGACGACGACGACGACGGUGUGGAAGUAGUCGAUGUAGAGGCAGAUGCGGCAGAGAAGCACUAG